AUGAACUCGCAUGAAACAUUCACCAGCUCAGCGUAUCCUCCAUCCAGUCCUAAAUAUAAUCCUGCGGAGUACUGGGAAGGACUUAUAGAUGUGCCUGCAUAUGGUUGGAGGUUCACAUUUGACCAGAUAAAGCGAGAGUCUCCUUCAAGAAGGAUCACCGAUACCUCCAAGCGUAUAGGAUUCACGGUGGAAUGUCAAAAACGGGCCAAAGGAAUUGUGUUUAUGUUUGCUUGUUGUAGACAGUUGAAGCUUUCGAGAUCUGUUGCACUGACUGCUUCAUACUACUACCAUCGAUUCUACAUGCGACGUGACUUCAGUUACUAUCACUACUUUGAGAUUGCUGCCACGUGCUUAUUUAUAGCAUGCAAGGCAGAAGAAUGUCGCAGAAAGUUGGCUGACGUGGUUAAAGUUUGUGCUAGUAUCGCCAUGUGGGGAAAAAUGAACGAUACCAUUGAUGAGGAUAGUAAAAUAUACUGGAAAUGGAAAGAUACCAUUACUAAUUUGGAAGAAUUGUUAUUAGAGGUUCUCUGCUUUGAUGUGACACCUGAAAAUGCCUAUAAAGUUUGCUUGAGAUCUCUAGAUUUGGAGUUUGAUGAGGAACCAGCUAAAGAGGAUGAGGUGGAAAAGAGGAAAUCACAGCAGAUUUUUGUGAUUUGCACCAAUUUCUUCGAGAUUUUGGCUCGGCUGCCUCUUUUGUUGAUGUUUGAUACCGAAACUAUCUGUGCUUUGGGUACAGCUUUCAGUUGCAAGCAGGAAAAGAGAACGAUGAAGGAGCAUUUUUUGACACAGAAGCUUAAUGUGCGUGUAGAAGACGUCUGGAAAUGCUAUAACACUGCUAUUGAACUGGCAAAUAGUCUAGAGCCGCUUAGGCCUUCUUUUAGAGUGCUCGAGAGUCUUCCCAGGUUGGACCAGGAGGAACUAAGUGGUAUCCUUGGAGUAGGAGUGAAAAAUUAA